AUGAAGGUCUCCGCCAUUCUCAUCCUGACCGCCGCCUCGGCCGCCCUCGCCGCACCUGUUGCCGAGGCCAACGCCGAGGCCGCUCCCGCCCCUGCCCCUCAAGCCACAUCGGGUUACACCAACUACGGAAAGUACGACUACAGCAAGUACGGAAGCUACGGCACCUACGGUGCCCCGCCGGCCACAACCCCGAGCCCCACGCCGGUCCCUCAGACUUACAGUGCCUAUGGCACUUACAAGGGCUACAAGCGCGCCACCGACUGGGUCAAGAGCUGGUUCGUGUAA